GAGUCGUGCACGAGCAGCGGAGUCGCUCAGUGAGUCGCGCGCACAUGCGUUCCUUCAGCUCGCUGUGUGAGAGCAGUGCGAUAAACUGGCACAUUUCACAAAAUGGCGGAUUCUGAUUUGUGGGACGCGGACAACUUCGAGCCGAAUGAACCGCUGAAAGCGGUGGCGGGGCUGCAGGACCGGUGGGAAGGAGAAGACGAGGAGGACGACGUCAAGGAUAACUGGGAUGAUGACGAUGAGGAAGAACAGAAAGUGGAGGAGAAGAAACCAGAGGUGAAAGUUUCACAAAAGAAAAAGCUGGCUGCAAAAAUCAAAGAGAAAGAAAAUGAAGGGGGGGAAAACGAAGAGGAGCUGAAGAAAAGGUUGUCCGAGUCCCAGGUGAAUUCCCAGCUCACACCUGAAGAGCAGGCAGCCGAGAAAGUGCGCUUGCAGAAGCUGCAGGAGGAGUCGGACAUGGUGCUCGCGUGUGAAGCGUUCGGUGUUGACACAACUACCACAAACAGUGCCUCGGGAAUUGAAGCCAUGUGUCCCUCGACUAAGGAAGACUUUGUAGUUUUUGAGAAAUUACUGAGAGAUAAGGUUACACAGUUUGAAAAGUCAGUGCAUUAUUCCAGCUUUUUGGAGUCGCUGUUUCGGGAACUCUGUAUUUCACUGGAAGUAGACGACUUGAAGAAAAUCAGCAGUUCACUGUCGGUUCUUCUCAAUGAAAAGCAAAAGCAGGAAAAGGAAAAAUCCAAAGGCACCAAGAAGAAAAAGAAAACCGUCCUCGCCGGCGGUGGUUUAAAAGCAAAAAUGAAAGACGAAUUUGACGAUUACGGCAACUUUGAGGGCAGCUACAACGAUUACGAGGACUUCAUGUGACGAAGGCUGAAUCGCACCCCCUUCGGCCCCCCACCCCCCCUCAAGACAUGCAGCAAUCCCCUGUCUCUCAUUUUUCUCUCAUCAGUGCCAUCCUGGAGUAAACUGAACACUGUGUCAACCUUUGACUUUUUUGCUUCAGUGGUCAAAACAACUCUUAGUGAAGCUGCUAUCACCAAAAAUUGGUGUUUGGUGACGAGGAAGAUCUAUCAUUGCCUUGUAUUUACAACUCUGCCUCUGAUGAAGACUUUAGGACGUGAGACAUCUUUGCACAAGUGUCUUCUCUAAUUGGCCCAAAUAAGAAAAAGAAUCAUAAUGCCUUAUAUAAAAUACGUCUUUAUUUUGGUUGAAAUAGCUGAUGGUGUUAACCUCUGUGCAAUUUUAUUUACAUAGAAACAAAUGUGAUAUUCUAUGCAAAAUAAUUGUGUACAGAACGUCUCGGUUGAAAAAGGAAAGAGAAAAAAAAAGUAUGGAUAUUUUCCUGUGGUGGAAAUUUCCACAGAAUUCUAUCUAGAGCUCUGGUUGUCAGCUCCAUCAGAUGCACAUCAUUCAGCAACUUUAUUUUCCCUUGAAAAUGUCAGUGCAUUUACAGCAGACACUACACAAGGAGCACUGGUGGUAGGUACACUUGUGUUUUUUUUUUUUUUAAAGGAUGGAAAUGUAAGUACAAGUUGAAAGUGGCAUUUCCAAUGUGAUUUUGACUUUCUUUCCAUUUAAAUGUUUGCUCUCAUGCUGGUAGAUUUAUAUUACUAGUGCAAGAGUGUGGGGCUUAUUCUUUCGUUGUAGCUUCUGCAGGCUUGUAUCAAGGAGGAAGAAGAUUAGGCUGAACAGAAAAACGUUUGCUCCCAAUCAAUAUUUUGGGGUUUUCACCCUUAAUCAUUUGUGAGAGAGAAAAAGAACUGGUGGAUGACAAGAAUCCAGCAGUGUUUUUUUUUAAGGAUCUAAUUUAAUAAAAAAUGAUUGGUCAAGGA